CAUGAUGACCUGAGCUCUAGCUCCACAUUAAUAUUAGACUAUAGCUUCUUUGAGUUCAGUUGUCAUAGACUCGUGGAAAUAAUUUCAAGCCCUCAGCAGGAAAAAAUGAACCAUGAAAUCACCUGUGUGGUGUAUGGUCUGAACCUCUGUGUUUUUCACUAGAAGUUCCUCAGUGCGCUUUAUGAUGCAACACAAAAAGGUCUUAUGUAUCGAAUUCAACACAUUUUGGGCUGCCUUGUGGUCUCCUUCAUUGUCUUUCCCCCCAUUCUUGAAGCAGCAGAUGAACUCAACAAGUUGAUCCAUGCCUCAGAGGCAAAUAUUACCGGGAAACUCAUAAUUCGCCAGAUGGAAGGCGAUUUAACACUCCUGCGAAAAAAUGGUGUAUUAGCUACCGACAUUCCGACUGAUGUACUCUUUGAGUACACGUCACCCUGGCAUACUCCCGAUUCUGCCAGGCUCACAUACACCUGGGAUCUGGGCAAUGGGGAAUCUGUCACUGGACGGGAUCCGCUUGUGCACUGCAGUUACAAAGUACCUGGAAACUACACUCUGAAGUUGAGAGUCGGGGCAAGUGGAAAACACUCAAGAGUUAGUAGCAGGUUCACUAAAGAUAUACAGGUCCUGGAUGCCAUUAAAAGCAUUAAGUUUAAUGGACCAGCAAGUUAUAGUGUGGACCAAAACAGCAGUCUGACUCUACUUGUUGGUGGAAGCCUUCCCAAAUGGAUUUGCUGGCGGAUCCUGCCUGACUGUCUCUCCUCCCAUGUGACUGAGUGUAGUAUGAUGGAGCUCUAUGACAACCACCUCACGCUGAACUUCACCUUCUCUUCUGUGGGCACCCACUGUUUGGAGAUCAGUGCUCAGAAUGACGUCAGCAUGCUUCAUAUCUCGCACAGCAUCCAUGUCCAAAGUGGCCCUACCAGUCACCUGCUCUUCAUCCUGCCCUGUACCAUAGUCAUUCUGGCCAUCCUCAUCCUCAUCAGCGUCUCUGUGUGUUGUCCACAACAUCUGAGAGGCAUCAAGAAGAAAUCAGAGGUGUCGAUAAAGGCCUCAACCUACACGUGCCUGGAAAUGAAAACCAAGGAUGGUGCCGUCCCAUCUCCUCCCCCCUCACAGAGGAAAGAAGACCAUCCUCUCCUCUGCGCUUCAGGGGCACGCUACUCCAUCUAGCAGCACUCUGAGCGCCACUCCAUCCAUUUUCAUCCAGGAUAAACAUUCAAGCAACCAAACAAACAAAAAAUAA